AUGGAUCAGAGCACCAAAGACCUUGAACAGUUGACCUCAAUGUUCCCUGGCAUUGACGCUGAAGUUUGUGAAGCUGUUUUGAGCGCGAAUAAUGGAGACAUGGGUGAAAGCAUAACCACUUUACUGGGCAUGUCUGAUCCAAACUUUAAAAGUGAAGAAGCGAUCCCAAUUCAAACCGAUGAUGGAUUUGUGACAUCUUCUUCAAGGUUACAGAUCGAACGUGAUGAGGAGUUGGCAAAACAGUUGGCAAGACAGUUGGCCGCUGAAGAAGAUAGAGAAUAUGGCGCACCACCGAACCCUGUUAGCAUUGAUCAAAAAGAGCUACCCAUCAUCAAAGAAAAGAUUGUUCAAGCAGCCGACACGACGAAAAAGAAGGUCAAAGAAUGGUAUGAUAAGUUUAAACAGUCACGUGACGACCAAGGUCAAUCAAACACUCCAUUAUACACCAGUUUACCUGGUGACGAGGCCGACAAUCAUAUUCUCGACGAGGAUUUCUUAAACAAUCACAGUCGUCGCCAAAAUAAUCCUUACAUCUCACCGUUAAGAUCUCGGCCUGAGUAUGGGUCAUAUGGUACUGAUGUUACCAGGGAUAUUGAUCGCCAUAGUAAUCGUGAGCCUAUAAAGAUCAUCAGAAGCGAUCAGAAUAACAAUUCAUUGAUAAAUGACCUAUCAGAGAAAGAAGUUGAUGAGGAGAGUGUAGCACCAUAUAAAAUACAUGAUGAAGCAACUGAUGUUGAUAAUUCCGAUGAGUCAAAACAAACCCAUCAUACCGAAAAAGUUUCAACUGGGGAGCACAAUGCUCAAGAUUUGGACGACGACUUUAUGAAGGAUUCGUCAAAGUAA